GGAGGGCAUCGCGGGCUCCUCGCACGCCGUCUCCGCCAACUCCAGGGCCGCGCGCAGGGCCCGUGGGGCGGACGCGCGGGGAGCCGGGCCACGCGCCGCCGCCCACGCGCACCCCUCGGGGCCGCGACGCUUCUUUGUCCGGGGGGGCUGUUCAUGCCACCGCCCCCCGCGCUUUGCGGGCCGGGCCGCACCGAGCAGGGCUGUCUCUAGGCCUAAGGAGCUGACCCCGGCCCCUCGUUGCUGCUGGAAAAUGAACCAGUCACAAAGGAUGGCGCCUGUAGGCACGGACAAGGAGCUCAGUGACCUCCUGGACUUUAGCAUGAUGUUCCCGCUGCCUGUGACCAACGGGAAGAGCCGGCCCGCCUCCUUGGCCGGGACCCAGUUCGGAAGCUCAGGUCUCGAGGACCGGCCAAGUUCAGGCUCAUGGGGCACCAGUGAGCAAGACAGUUCCUCCUUCGACCCCGGCCGGACCUAUAGUGACGGCGCCCACUUCGGUGAGUCCCACAGCAGCCUCCCUUCUUCCACAUUCCUGGGUCCUGGGCUCGGAGGCAAGGGCAGUGAGCGGGGCGCAUACGCUGCCUUCGGGAGAGAUGCUGGGGUCAGCAGCCUGACUCAGGUGGGCUUCCUCCCCAGCGAGCUGGCCCUCAGCAGCCCAGGGCCUCUGUCCCCCUCGGGCGUCAAGGGCGGGUCCCAGUAUUAUUCCUACUCUGGGCACUCUCGGCGGAGAGCAACGGACAGCAGCCUGGACUCGCAGCCCAAGAAGGUCCGGAAGGUGCCGCCUGGCCUCCCGUCCUCAGUGUACCCCCCCAGCUCAGGGGACGACUACGGCAGGGACCCCACAGCCUACCCAUCCGCCAAGACGCCCGGCAGCUCCUACCCCGCCCCCUUCUACAUGGCAGAUGGCAGCCUCCACCCCUCCGCCGAGCUCUGGAGUGCCCCAGGCCAGGCAGGCUUUGGGCCCAUGCUGGGCGGGGGCUCGUCCCCCUUGCCCCUCCCAGCAGGCGGCGGCAGCUCUGUGGGGGGCAGUGGCGGGUUUGGCAGCCUGCAUCAGCAUGAGCGCAUGGGCUACCAGCUGCAUGGAGCAGAGGUGAACGGUGGGCUUCCAGCCGCAUCCACCUUCUCAGGCCCCACAGGCACCUACAGCAGCAUCUCCAGCCACACGCCCCCCGUUAGUGGAGCCGACAGCCUCCUGGGCUCCCGUGGGACCACAUCCAGCAGCUCCGGAGAUGCCCUUGGCAAGGCUCUGGCCUCGAUCUAUUCCCCGGAUCACUCAAGCAAUAACUUCUCCUCAAGCCCCUCCACCCCCGUGGGCUCCCCACAGGGCCUGGCAGGGACAUCGCAGUGGCCCCGACCAGGAGCCCCUGGUGCCUUAUCGCCCAGCUACGAUGGGGGUCUCCAUGGCCUGCAGAGCAAAGUGGAGGAUCACCUGGAUGAGGCCAUCCAUGUACUCCGCAGCCACGCCGUGGGCACCGCAGGCGACGCGCACGGGAUGCUACCUGGCCAUGGGGCACUGACCUCGGGCUUCACUGGCCCUGUCAUGCCACUGGGUGGGCGGCAUGCAGGCCUGGUGGGAAGCGGCCAUUCAGAGGACGGCCUGUCUGGCAGCAGUGGCCUCGUGCACAACCAUGUGGCCCUCCCUGACCUCUCCCGGCCGCCUGACUCCUAUGGCGAUCUCGGGCGCGGCACUGCCCCAGGCACCACCGACAUCAAGCGGGAAGAGCAAGAGGACGAAGAGAACGUGGCGGCUGACACUGCCGAGGAUGAGAAAAAGGACCUCAAGGCUCCGCGCACCCGGACCAGCCCAGACGAGGACGAGGACGACCUUCUCCCCCCAGAGCAGAAGGCUGAGCGGGAGAAGGAGCGCCGGGUGGCCAAUAACGCACGGGAGCGGCUGCGGGUCCGAGACAUCAAUGAGGCUUUUAAGGAGCUGGGGCGCAUGUGCCAGCUGCACCUCAACAGUGAGAAGCCCCAGACCAAACUGCUCAUCCUGCACCAGGCCGUGUCGGUCAUCCUGAACCUGGAGCAGCAGGUGCGAGAGCGUAACCUGAACCCCAAAGCGGCCUGCUUGAAGCGCCGGGAAGAGGAGAAGGUAUCGGGCGUGGUUGGAGACCCCCAGAUGGUGCUGUCGGCUGCCCACCCCGGCCUGGGCGAGGCCCACAACCCCGCCGGGCACCUGUGACGGGAAUGUCGCCCGGAUAAGUGACCCCACCUCGGUCUUACCUGAGACGGUCACGCCAGAUGCGAGAUCCCCACCCCACGUCGCCCGAGGUCAACCUCGAGCCAGCAUCGCCCUGGGCCCGGCCACCAGGUCUCCUGUCGGAUGGAUCCUGAAACUGCGUCUAGGCCCUGCCGCCCGGGCCUGGGCCUAAAGGAGCAUUUUUGUUUGUUUUUUGGCAAUAGAACCUGAAACCAAGCAAGAAAGCAAGCCAGAAAUACAUACACUUUGUCAGAAAAGAAAAACAAGAUGCCUUAAGUUAAACGUGAGGUCAAACAUGCUGCUCAUGGGAGGGAGAAGCUGUGCGGAGCCAGCAGCAAAUCGUGCCUAAGCCUAAUCGUUUUUGUUUUUGUUUUUAAGGAAAAUAAAAGGAACCUUAGUUAGGAGAUUUUUUUAUAUAUAUAUAUAACGUAGAAGGAAAUUAGAAUGUCCUUUUUUUUAAGCUUUUUUGCAUAUGUUUUGUAAGCAACAAAUUUUUUUGUAUAAAAGUCUCUUGUCGCUAUUUCUGCUGCUGUUUCUAGAAAUGAGCAUUGCAUUUCAUUAUCAACCAGAUUAUUAAAAAUUGUAUUAAAAAGACCCCAGGACUUCCCUGGUGGUCCAGUGGUUAAAAUUCCAUGCUCCCAAUUCAGGGACAUAGGUUCCAUCCCUGGUCUGGUAACUAAGAUCCCACGUGCAGUGGAGCAUGGCAAAAAAAAAUAAAGACCUCAUGUAGACCUGAGGUCUCCCAUCCUCUCUGGGAGCUGCUGGUCCUGGGGGUGGUUGCUGCCAUCUUGUUCCGGUUCUAACGUGGGGGGGGGGGGGGUGUUCUCUAAAAUAUGCUCUCUGUGAAAUGGUGGGUGGGCCUCACCCUGAUGGGGAUCUCCCUUCCCUAUCUGCUGUCCCCAUCCUCAGGAAGGGCGACACCCUGGUGGGGAAUCUCAGUGGAGACAGGGAUGAUCCCCGAUCAGAAGGUCAAGGUUCCUCCCCUGUAAGCAGCUCUGUCCCUCCCUCCCCACCCAGCCCCACACUGAGCCCCGAGCCUGUGGACCUCUCCAAGAUAGGACUUUGUGAGAACCACUAUUCCCAGGCUCAGGGCCUGCACAUCUUCACCUAUUUGGCCAGGGGACCUGAGCCCCUGCUUCGAACUCUAGCACAGAAACCCCCGCUCCCCAAGUGGUUGUCCUGAUGUGAGGGGAGGGGGUGGGGGUUGUACAGGGUCCCUGCCUAGAAAGGCCCGUGGUCUGCGUGUCUACAACCCUGGAGGGUGGGCUGCCCUCAGGCUCUAAGUGCCAGUCCCCAAGCCUCCCCAGGUACCCUUCUCACCUGUGUUUAAGGGGGCCUAUUUGACCUGAACUGCUGGGACCAUCCCAGGCUUAAACUGAAAGUCCAGGAUGGUCACUCUGUGUAUCACCUGGGCAUGGAGUCAGCCCUAGUGGGAUCUCACCUGCCCUCCCUUCUUUCCUGCACAGAGGCCUUAUGGACCCCCAAGCUGGCUGUGGGCACCCCACACCACCAGCAUCCCAGGCAUCUACCCUAAGACUCCCACCCUCAUUCCCCAAGGACUGGGGGGCCUGGCCCCCAAGACUGGAAUGCCCCUGUGACUGGGUAUCCCAUGAGAAUCUUGAGGAAACCCCAAGACCAGGAUGGGUGGGAUAUCCCAGCUUGGGGGGCCCGCCUCUGGACUCCUGGGGUUCCCCUGGGCUCUCCCCCAAGACUGAGUCACACUCCUUGGUGACCCCCCUGGUCUAUGGGUCUUAUCUCUUUGGGGAAGCUGCCUCAGUUUCCCUCUGCAGCUCCCUGAGGCCCACAGAUUUCUGAACUCUGUAUCACAUAUAUAAUUUAAGUUUUAUAUGUUAUAUAUAUAUAAAAUGAGAUUAACCCAGCCUGGGGAAAAAGCCUUGAGGGAAGGGGAAGAAUCACAGUUACAGGAAAAUUGUGCUCUGAGUGCCUCAGGAUAACUGACUUUUUUAAAAAAAAAAGAAAAAGUUUUAAGUAAAAUAAUUUUAUACAACUCAACACAGCUGGCUGGAUUCUUUGGAAUUUUUAAUAGUGAUCCUCUAAGAGUCGAUUUGGCGACCUGUCCUGUACAUAACAGCACUGUAGCAAUAAAUGACAUUUUAUGACAAUA